AUGGAUCAAGGUAUAACAUUGAAGCACACUUUCACGUAUAAUGGGGUUACAGAUGCCUACGAAAUAACAUUUGAACAAGAUAAAAUAGCCAUCAAAAGUGCAUCAGGUACAGUGGAUGAAAUACCAUAUGAGAAGUUACACAAAAUUAAGUACUCUUGUAAGAUGCUCAAGCUGGCAAUAGAAGGAAAGAAAACGAUCAAAAUACCAAUAACCAAGAAAGAAAUGGAAAUGUUGGAGAACAUUCUGGUAGCCUCUAAAGUAGAAGCAAAGAGAGACAGACCAAUUGGAGCAGCACUGGUUUUCUUUGGAGAUGAAUCUUUCUACAUUUCUUUACACUCAAUGGAUCUGAAUGAGUUGAAAAGAGCUAUUUUGAGACGUAUUUCACAGGUAUUUUAUCCAGCUAUUGGAUGCGACAAUGUUGACCUGGAUAACUUCAAAAACUUCAAGUUCUACGCUAAACACGACAUAAACUCCUCAAUUAUAGAGAGUGAAACAGACCUGGAAGCUGCACUUGUAUUUCACUCGAAUAAGCUAAUUAUACAGGUGGUACUGAAUAAAUGA